GUGCGUGUUUCGUAAUUUGGAAUAAUCAGUUCACUCCAUCGAGUAUUUAGACUGCACAACAAACAAAAGGAUUCACAUCGGAAGAAAAUGUAGCUAUGAUUCCUCGGGUCAACAUCACCUUGUCUAUUGGAGAUCCUCAGCUCGAACCUCCUUCUGAUCCUGGCGGGAUUACCAGCCCUGCCCCUCCCGAUGCAGCAGACGUGAUGGAAUGGGCGUUACCCCCGCCGGGGGCGGACCCAGGACCCUGGGCUAGUACCGCUCAUCUGAGCCUGGCCGUCCUGAUAGUCUUUCUGCUCUCAGCCUUCAUCGUCUGCGGCAACGCCCUACUCCUGAUGGCAGUCUACCGCUUCAAACGUCUCCGCAACCCCAGCAACUACUUUGUAGCAUCCCUGGCAUCAGCAGAUUUCGGACUGGGGCUCUUGCUCCCGCCGGGGCUUUAUUUCGAAGUUUCUCGUGCCCAGGUGCGAUGUGCAGCCCUUUGCCUUCUUCCCUACUGCCUCUUCAUCUUGUUGUGCUCUGUGAGUCUUCUAAGCGCAACGGCUGUCGCCGUGGAUCGGUGCACGAGCCUCGCUUCCCCUCUGAGGUACAACAAUAUCAUCACGCACGGUUCUGUCGUGCGGUACGUGGCCCUGUUCUGGAUAUACUCCCUCCUGUUGUCUUCCUUUCCCUUCCUUUACUGGUAUUCUGCUAAAGGAGGAACCUCGCCAGACACCCAAUCGUGCUCGUUCACAGACGUGGUCCUGUGGCCAUCUCGUGUCUUCCUCUUUUGUGUUCUAUUCGUUCCGUGCGCGUCACUCCUCAUCGGUAGUUACGGUUACGUGUAUGCCGUGGCAAGAUCUCAUGCGCGAGCAAUAUUCUCAGCAGAAUUGUCCUUCCGGCAGCAUCCGCUGUCUGGUCCACGCUAUGGGCGCACUCUGGCGGUCACGGUGGGACUGUUUUGUGCCACGUGGAUCCCGUUCCAGCUGGCAGCUACUUUUUCGAGUGCAUUGAGUGGACAGACUGUUUUCUACCUUGGCCUGAUAUGCAUCAUCAGCGCUGCCACCGAUCCGUGGAUAUAUGGGUAUCGCAGUGCGGAAUUUCGUGUGGCAUCCAUUCGGAUUUUAGAGAAUGCUUUUCCGCAACUCAGGGGCACUCUGCUGCCUCACAAGCCACAGGUGGUUCGACGGACGAGCGCAAUCAGCUGCGCGUCACAUGCUAGACUCGGUGUGACACCAAAUCAUAUGACGCACACCGCAGACACCAUGUGUGCAACUUACAUCGAAAUACCAAUUAUUUCACGACCUUUCGACGAAAUAUCAGCGUCCCAAGUGUGA